UCGGCAGCCCCGCACUAACCCAAAACGGACCGGCAAGCGAACCCCUGAGGCCGUGCGGCGGGCCAAAACAGGCCACCGGCGGGUGACAUUGCAACGUCAACUCAUCCGCCAGUGCGAUUGCUACGAGAUUUCCGCCGUCGCUACCAACCACACCACAUCACCUCGCAUCAAAUAACUACGUCUACGAUAUUCUCCAGAAGCCAGGCUAUCGACUGACCCCCAUUUUAUCCCCCCUCGCCCAUGGUCGUGGCCCGAUUCCGCGUCCCAAAGUGCGAUGACUAGGUACGGGGGAAUGGGUCGGACGCGCCCGAAAAAGCUCACCUCCAAGGCCUCGAUCCCGAUUGUCCGCGAGGACGAGAUAGACUUGAUCGACGAUGAGAUCCAAAAUGCCCUCCAACAGAUCGAGACCGGCGUGGAGAAGGCCGAGGAAUCGGAAUUCCAUCUCCAGGUCGCGAUCAACGCGGCCGCGCAGGGAAAAGUAAAAGACGCGCAUAUCCCGACCCCCGAAACCCUCCUCAGUAACCUGCGGUAUGACGAGCUGUACCCGCCCAUCUUCUCACAACCCGCGACGUACAUUCGCUUCUCUGCUACGGUCGAGGACUGCUGCGGGCCUCCGUAUUGCAUGGACGAAGAGGAUGAUGUGUUCCUGAAAAUCUUCAACCAGAAGCGCGAUGCAAACGGCCGGUGCACGGAGGACCAGUUCGAGGAGGUCAUGAGCUUCUUCGAGCUGACGUCGCGGAAGGAGCAGCCAUAUGCGUGCGUAGAUAACUCGCUCAUGAGCUUCGACGAUUUCCAACAGGCCAUGGACCCCGCCGUAGAAGACAGCGUAAAGCGGUUCGCCAAAGACAUCUAUGACCACUGGAAGUCGCGGAGGGCCAACAGCGAGAGCGAGCCACUACUACCAUCCCCCAAGGUCGAGGCGGGUCGCGACACCGACGACACAGACCCCUACGUCUGCUUCCGUAGGCGGGAAGUGCGCCAGACACGCAAGACGCGCGGAAGAGAUGCCCAGAGUGCCGACAAACUGAGGAGACUCAGGAAGGAGCUGGAAGAUGCCCGGCAGAUGGUCGCUCUGGUGCGCCAGCGCGAGUUGGCCCGGAAGGAGAUGCUCUCCAUCGAACGGCAGGUGUUCAUGCAGAGGUCCGAGGUCAAGGAGAUGAAGAGGAAACUCAACAUCAAGGACGACGAUGAGGACCUCAUCAACCAGAAGCCAAAGAAGAAGCCGGUAGAAGCGCCGGCCGUGCAACGUCCGGCCCCGCCUCAACUGCGCAUGCCUCCCAAGACCAGCAGCACCCAGGCUGCGGAGGACCUGCAGCUGCUGGAGGAUGUCCAGGCCGAGAAGGAGAACGAGAUCGUGUUGGACAUCAAGCAGAACAUCACGAAGCACAUCAAGUGGAACGAGGGCUAUGUGGAUUUCACACGAGCGCCGCUCUCGCCGUCGCCUGAGCGCAUGUUCGACGCUGCCUUCCGUCCUGCGAUCACCACCCAGCUGCCCACGCCGCCCUCGUCAGAGAACUCGGACAGUAUGCUGGAUUCAACCUUAGAUACCACGAGUGCCAUUGCCCUCCGAGAUAAAUUAGCCCCCCAUGCCAUGGAAUUGAGCGAGGACACCAGCAAGAUGCCCUCGUUCCGGCGACGUAUUGGGCGCGGCGGUCGUUUGUGGAUCGAUCGUCGGAACCUGGCGUCACGUUGUAGAGUCGACAUGGAUGCGUGGAAGGCGGACCGAUUCAAGUUCGAUCAGGAGGACUCCGACGACGAGAUCGAGUAUUGCCGGGACCCGUUCGAUAUCCAGAUCAUGCAACAUCGGGCGAUCAUGGCGGCCAAAGCCCGAGACCAAGCGGCGGCAGCUCAGGCGGCGGCAGCUCAAGCACAUGCGCAGGCCCAGGCCCAGGCGGCCCAGGCCCAGGCACAGGCUCAAGCCCAACGGCGAUUGCAGGAGCAAACUGCCGCCAACAAUUCCCCAAGCGGAGGGCAACCCAUGGGAUCCAAUCCCGGGCCUGGUGCCGUUGCAUCCGCCUCCGAGACCUAAGCUGGGCUUGUUUCUCUAUCCUUUUAAUCUCCUUUUUUGCACAUGUUGCAUCUGGGAGGCGUUAACACUCAUGACGUCUCCCUUACCCUUACCCUUUACUGUACUUUUACUCCCCGACACGCCCAUCCCUUUCCCUUCACCUGCAACAACAUACCCCCGAACGCCCUUUCUUUCUGGAGCGCCGGAACAACAUUCGGAUCUCAGGAUAAUGUCGCCCGAUGAUUAUUUCAUGACAUGACCACCUGGCUUUAUGC